UCCCUACCUGACUGAGGGCCAGCGUGCACCCGCCGCGCGCGCUCCCGGACUGCCAACCAGCUCAGCGCGCCACGCCCAGCCCAGCCAGUGGGAGCUCGAGCCGGGUCCGUUACAGCGAGCGCCGCGUGCCCCAGCCCCGCAGCCCGUUAGAACUGGUGACGUCCCCGGGCCCCCUCAGAGUAACCCACCGCCGCCAUGUUCAGCUGGGUGAGCAGCGAUGCCCGGAGGAAGAAAGACCCCGAGCUCUAUCACACCGUGUCCGAGGGUCUCCGCAAACUGUACACCCAGAAAUUGCUCCCGCUGGAGGAGACCUACCGCUUCCACGAGUUCCACUCCCCGGCCCUGGAAGAGGCCGACUUCCACAACAAGCCCAUGGUGCUGCUGGUCGGUCAGUACAGCACCGGCAAGACCACCUUCAUCCGCCAUCUCAUGGAGCAGGACUUCCCCGGCAUGAGGAUCGGGCCCGAGCCCACCACCGACUCUUUCAUCGCCGUCAUGCACGGCCCGGUGGAGGGGAUCCUGCCGGGAAACGCACUGGUCGUGGAUCCCAAGAAACCAUUCAGGAAACUCAGCGCCUUCGGCAAUGCCUUCCUAAACAGGUUCAUGUGUGCACAACUGAAUAAUCCUGUGCUGGAGAGCAUUAGCAUCAUUGACACACCUGGAAUCCUUUCUGGUGAAAAGCAGAGAAUUAGCAGAGGUUAUGACUUUGCAGCAGUUCUGGAGUGGUUUGCUGAGCGGGUAGAUCGUAUUAUUCUACUCUUUGAUGCACACAAGUUGGACAUUUCUGAUGAAUUUUCCGAUGUCAUCAAAGCACUGAAGAAUCAUGAAGACAAAAUUCGUGUGGUACUCAACAAAGCAGACCAGAUUGAGACCCAGCAACUAAUGAGGGUGUAUGGGGCCCUUAUGUGGUCUCUUGGCAAGAUUAUUAACACACCUGAAGUGGUUCGGGUAUACAUUGGUUCAUUUUGGUCACACCCUCUGCUUAUCCCUGACAAUCGCAAACUGUUUGAAGCAGAGGAGCAGGACCUAUUCAAGGAUAUCCAGUCACUACCCAGAAAUGCUGCUGUACGCAAGCUGAAUGACCUCAUAAAGAGAGCUAGAUUAGCCAAGGUCCAUGCCUAUAUCAUAAGUGCUUUAAAAAAAGAAAUGCCAAAUGUAUUUGGAAAGGAUAACAAGAAGAAAGAACUAAUUAACAAUCUGGGAGAAAUCUACCUGAAGGUUGAGAAAGAGCAUCAAAUCUCCCCUGGAGACUUCCCCAGCAUCAAGAAAAUGCAGGAGAUACUGAUGACUCAGGACUUUUCCAAGUUCCAGAGCCUAAAGCCAAAACUUCUGGACACAAUAGAUGACAUGUUAGCAAAUGACAUUGCUCGACUGAUGGUUUUGGUGCGGCAAGAAGAGUCUCAGAUGACCCACCAAGAUGUCAAAGGAGGUGCAUUUGAGGGUACUAAGAAUGGGCCCUUUGGUCACGGCUAUGGUGAAGGAGCUGGAGAGGGCAUUGAUGACAUUGAAUGGGUGGUGGCAAAGGACAAGCCAACAUAUGAUGAAAUAUUUUAUACAUUGUCACCAGUUAAUGGCAAGAUCACAGGUGCCAGCGCCAAGAAAGAGAUGGUGAAAUCUAAACUUCCCAACACGGUGCUGGGGAAGAUCUGGAAACUGGCAGAUGUUGACCAUGAUGGGCUGCUUGACGAUGAAGAGUUUGCACUGGCAAAUCAUCUAAUAAGAGUAAAAUUAGAAGGUCAUGAGCUCCCAACAGACCUCCCAUCUCAUCUUAUACCUCCAUCAAAAAGAAGGAAUGAGUAAAGUGGCAUGAUCUAUUUUUCUUCCGCAGUCUUCCACUUUGCUUUUCUUGGUUGAAACAAACAUUUGCCAUGAAAAAAACUCAGACAUAAGAAAAAGUGAGAAAAAAACAUGUAUAGCUAUAUUCCUAUAACACAGCUUUAAAUAAAAAGCAGGACUGUUUAAAAUGUAUGAAACAACAUUUUUUUUAGUUCAGAAUGACAUGAUUUGGGGAGGGUCUUUGAUGCACACUUUCUUUAAACUGGGGUGGGGAGCAGAAUAUUCAUAAUAACCAUCACAUCUUAAUACUUUCAUUGUGUGCUCUGUGGAGGCCCAGUUGUAACUUCUCUUCUGCUGAAUGGUUACCCUGUUUGUUAAUUAGUCAGUCUUAACUUGCUUAAUCUGUUCCCAUUCCUCCAUUUUACUUUUUUUUUCCAGCAAGUGUACCUGCUAAUGUACACGUAUUAUACCAGCAACAUGUCAAGUGAUUCUUUAAGAGCUCUGUGCUUAAUGAUUUUAUAGCAUUUACAGCCAUCUGUAAUGAUUUGCCCCAUUUUUCAGUAUUAGGAAUGCUUAGAGUCUUUCAAUGUUUUAAAGAUCACAUAGGAGCAGCAUAUGGCUUUGUUCUGGGUUUAUUUUGUAGCGUGUAUUUUAAUUGGGGGGAGGCGAGGUGCCUCCUUUGCUUGGAGCCAAUACAUUUUGAACAAUAUCUGCAGUUUGCCUUACAUACCCUUUUCUUUGCAUAAGUGGAAGAAAUUAUUAUUAUUACACAUUAACAGUAUUUUCAAGGUGUAUGUUAAAAAGUAUUUGCACCAGACUGUGCCUAUCCCUACACAUGUGAUUCGAAUUUUCAUCACUACUCUGUUGAUAUGUAAUUUAAUGCACUCCAGCCGUUAAUAAGACAUUUGAGUUUUUAAAGCUUUUAUAAACUCUUUAUUCGUAACGUUGGAUCUCCUGCUUUGGUUGUGUGCUUGGAUCAGUGUUUGUCAACAGACGGCCAUUUCUCAAUAUUCAAGCAAGUUGUUGGUCUAACCCUCCGGGUGUUAGAUGGGGUUAUGGUUUUUUUGUGCAUUUGCCAGUUGUAUACAAGGGGCUUAUUGACAUUAUUGGCUCUGUAAAAGUUAGCAAUAAUGGUUCUACACAUGCUAUGUGCCUCGUUGCCCCUUGGUAUUCUUAUAUGAAAUUCCUUUACUUCCUGAAACUAGAAGUGUUUUCAAUCAUUAU